GAGAAAGUUGAGGCUGUUCUUAUGCUAGAAACUCCAAGAAAUGUGAGUGAGUGGCCAAUAUUCUUGGGAAUGAUGGUUUAUUUCUCAGCAUAUGUUCUCUUUUAUGCUUGGAUUGCUCCUUCUUUAUUCAAACUUCUGAAAAAGAAAAAUCAAUAG